AUGGGUCCUAAAACUAUUCUUUCAGAAGGCGAAGAGAAAUUAUUAGCUAAUUGGAUCUUGUCUAUGGGCAGAAAGGGCUUUCCUGUUAAUGCGUCAAAUCUACUCUCCACGGUGCAUAAAAUUAUGAAAGAAACUGGGAGAACAAAUUUCGACAAUAAAGAUGACUGGAAGGGAGACUUACAAUUUAAGAAACUUUAUGAGGUUUGGGCAGAAUUUAAAAAUGAAGCUUUAUUAGUAACAAAUAAACAUAAACAUGUCACUGGGGAGGAUGACUCUAACUUAAUGGAAGGAAAUGAAGAAAUGUCAAUAUCGUUUUCAGUUCCAACAGCGUCAACUUCAACUCAAAACGGUAAGCAGAGAGAAGAGAGUGUAAUUCUUCCAAAUGAAGAACAGUCACAGAACGGGAACAGCACUAUUUUACAAGAUAAAAGUACUAUUUCACUAAAUGUUUCAGAGUCAUUUCUUUCACCGGAUAAAUUAGAAAACGUUGCGCUGUAUAAGGACAAAGAAGACCAAGGAUAUGUGGUUAGCACUCCUUUCAAAAAAUGUCUCAUUUUUCCUAAGACUCCUGAAAAAGAACCACCCAAAAGAAAACGAAAAAUAUUUCCAGCAGUUGUAUCCACUACACUUUACAGGGCCCAUUAUGAUAAUAUAACGUCUAAAAGUGGCCCUUCAAAACAAUCACAAAUUAAAAUAAAAAAGCUGGCAGUAAAGAGAAAAGUAAUAAGCGAAUCUGAAACUUCUGCCGAUGAUGUUCCUUACUGUGAUGAAGAUCUAGAUGCGAGUGAUGUUGAAAAUUAUACGAUCAAGAAUAUUCAUGAUGGAGAUUUUGUUAUUAUCAAAUACAAUGGAAAUCUUUAUCCAGGAAAAGUGAUAAAAGCUAACCAGGAAGGAGCAGAAGUUUCGUCAAUGGAAAAAGCAGGCUAUGACUGGAAAUGGCCAGAAAAAGAAGAUGUAUUAUUUUAUUUUUAUGAGGACAUUAAAAAGAUUAUAAGGGAACCAUUAGUUAAAGGCAAACGGGGUUAUUACUCAGUACCAGAACUAUCUAGUUUUCUUUAAAGUGCGUUAUACAAUUUUUAAGUGAAACAUUUUUUUGUAGGACAUCACGGGCGUAGCCAGGUUUUAGUUUCGGGAGGGGUUUAA